AUGUCUCCCACCAAAGUAUACCUCAUCACGGGCGCUAACCGUGGCAUCGGACUUGGUCUGGUGAACGAACUCGUCACUAGGCAUAAAGACGUUUUCGUCUACGCCGGGGUCCGUGACCCCACCAAAGCCACUGCGCUGCAGGAAACUUCCACCAAAUUCCCGGGCAAGGUCGAAAUCGUAAAGCUCGUCUCAGCCGACGAGCAAACCAAUAAAGACGUCGCAAAGACAAUCCAAGAAAAGCACGGAUACGUCGAUGUCGUCAUCGCUAACGCUGCGGUCAGCCAGCCCAAUGGAGCCGUUGGCGUUAUACCUAUCGACGCGUUUCGCAAGCAUAUCGAGGUCAAUGCUACGGGCGCCGUCGUCCUUUUCCAAGCCGUCCUUCCUCUCCUCAAAGCGAGCAAGUCGACACCUAAAUUUGUUCCAAUUACCUCUGGUGGCGGGAGCUUGACUGCGUACAUCGAUCAGCAAUACGAGAUAGUAGCGUAUGGUGCUUCGAAAGCUGCUCUUAACUUCAUCACGCGGAGGAUCCACUUUGAAAACGACUGGCUUGUUGCGUUCCCUCUAUCUCCCGGAGUCGUGAGGACGGACAUGGCGUACCAUGCCAGCGAAUUGGACACGACCGGAGAGAUAGCCAAGCUUCUAGACCAAGCAUCCGUCUCCGUCGAGGACGCCUCGGCAAUGCUCGUCAACAUCAUCGACAAUGCGACACGCGAGAAGGAAGGAGGGGAAUUCGUGAAUGUUGAUGGAGGUAGGAUACCCUGGUGA